AUGUAUGAAUGUCCUUUGUUCUUUCCUUUCAUCGUUUUGUAUUUCCUUCUUUUUAUCUUUUCUUUCUUCUUUCCUUAUUUCUUUUUUUUUCUUACUUCUGUUUUUUCAUCUUUCCUUUUUUCUUCUGUCUGUUAUCUUUGCUUUUUCUGUUUUUUCUUCUUUUUUCUUUCUUCCAUUCUUUCUUCUUUUUGUUCUUUAUCUCAUCUUUUCUUUCGUCCUUUCUCCCUCCAUUUGAUCUUUCCUUUCUUCUGUUCUUUCUUGCCUUCAUCUUUCCUUUUUUUUUUUCCAUCUUUUUAUCUUUCUUCUGUAAUUUCUUUUUUUCAUUUCUUACUUCCAUCUUUUCUUCUUAUCUUUCUUUCUUUCUUUUUUUUUUGUUUUUCAGCCUUCCUUCCUUCUGUCUUCUUUUUUUCUUUCCUUCUCUCCUUGUUUUCUUCUGUCUUUUCUUCUCUCCUUUCACCUUCCUUCCCUCUACCUUAUAAUAAUUGUCUUUUUCUCCUCCUACUUUAUUUUUAUUUUCCCCCUUUCACUUUUCUUUUCAGCUCUAUACACUUCUCUCCUCCUCCAUAUUAUGCUAAUUUUUUCUCUCUUGUGUUUCCAUUACCUUCCUCUUUCCCUUACUCCUAUUCACUUUUCACUCCCAUUUUGAUUUCUCUACUCUCUUUCUUUUCAUUUCUUUCUAUUUCUUAUUUUUCUCUUUCUGCUUCUUACUGCUUAUUUUCUCAAUUCUUUCUUUCUCACUCCCUUUUCUUCCCUCCUAAAUUAUAUUUCACAUAUAAUGAUGGAAUUCAUUCAUGGGUUAGGCUCAGUGUUCAGGAAAUGGAGUGGUGGAAAAGAGAUCUAGAAUUCAUAAUUUGUCUUCCUAAUCAUUCUUUUUCUUUCUUUUUCCUUCCUUUCUUCAUAAUUAUCAUUUGUCUUCCUAUUCAUUCUUUCUUUUUCUUUCUUUUUUUCUUCAUAACCAUCAUUUGUCUUCCUAGUUAUUCUUUCUUUCUUUCUUUCUUUCUUUCUUUCUUUCUUUCUUUCUUUCUUUCUUUCUUUCUAACCAUCUUUUUUAUUCUUUCUUUCUUUUUUUCUUUCUUUCUUUCUUUCUUUCUUUCUUUCUUUCUUCAUAACCAUCUUUUGUCUUCCUAUUCAUUCAUUCUUUGUUUUUUCAUAACCAUUAUUUUUAUUCCUUUUUUUCCUGAAAAUUUCUUUUUCAUUCUUUUUUUUUUCACUUUUCAUAUUGCAAAUAAUAUUCUUCUUUUUGUUUAUUAUCAUUUUUCUUUUGCUUUCACGUUUUCAUUUUCUUUCUCAUUUUUUCUUUUCCUUGACAUGUGGACUUUACUUUCCCAUUCCCCACUCUUUUUUUCUAUUUUUUAUUUUCCUUUUUCUUUUUUCCCUUUUUCUUCUUUUUCUUCAUCUUAUUUUUCUUCUUUUGUGUUUUCCUUCUCUCCUAAAUUUCAUUGUAUCUUUCUCUUAAUCUUUGUAUUACAUUAUCAUUCUCAUUUGAACUUAUCUGACCUCCUAUCUAUCUAUCUAUCUAUCUAUCUAUCUAUCUAUCUAUCAGUUUGA